AUGUCUGAUCAUCUACGGCGCCGCGAUCCGCGCCGAGGGCUGGCGUGUUCCCGCUGUCAGCGUCGCAAGAUCCGUUGCGACGGCACUUUUCCCUAUGUGACGCGCCUGCAGACCCGCAUAGCUUGGCUCGAGUCGAUUGUCAAAUCCAGAUGCCCAGACGUCGACCUCUCUCAAGGACCGCCCAAUGGCGAGCCUUCUGAAGUCAGCGGGGUCGAAGAGUCAGCGGCGCGGCCUCCGUCCGAACCUCGGGAACAUCCCGCGGCGAGUCCUCCCGCGGCUGUUGUGGGCCUCGAUUCCACUCCGCACCAUCAGCCUGUAUCCGCGGAUGCGGUGGCUCCGUCCAGUCCUCCAAAUUCUGCACUUUCCCAUGAGAUUGGCCUAGUCUCCCUGGCUGCGAGCCAAGAUCCCAAGUACAUCGGCCCGUCCAGCGGCCAUCUGCUUGCCAAGCUGAUGCUUCCGGGCUCAACCACGAGAAACUCCCGGAUUUUGAGGCGCACGCAAUCUGCGACCCAUGAUCUCCAAUUUGUGCGUGAUCUGAUGGAAGCCUCGAACAGUCCCGUGGCUGCCAGCAGGGAUCAAGCCGUCCAUCUCAGCGCCAUUUAUUUUGACGUCAUUCACACUCAGUAUCCGAUUCUGCAUCGGCCCGCCUUCACAAGAUUUCUUGACCACAUGUAUGAAUCGGAUUCUCCAGACCCUACCGGCAUGUUCCAGGUCUACAUGGUGCUGGCCAUUGCUGCGACUGUUCUGUCACAGCGGUUGAGGAUAUCGCUUCCCGCUGAAGGCUACUGUGCGUUUGCUAUGCAGUACUUCGAUCAGAUGUGCAUAGAUAACUCCAUCAACGGCAUCCAAAGCCUCUUGCUUCUCUUGAUAUUCACCUUGCACUGCCCAUCCAUGAAGCUGAAUGCCUGGUAUUUGAACUACCAAUGCAUCGCGGCUUUGAUUGACGUAGGCUUGCAGCGUGAACUCAGCGGCAUCUCACUCCUCGAGCAGGAGAUGCGGACAAGGAUCUUCUGGGUGGUCUUUUCUCUUGACAGAACCAUCGCAACCAUGAUGGGGAGGCCAAUUGGUCUAAGAGACGAGGCAUGCGAACUCCGACUUCCUCAGGAUAUCGGCGACGACAGCCUUGCAUCGUGCCAAUUUUCCAGGCGCCAGUCAGAGCCGCCAUCACAGAUGACUUACUCUAUACACCUUUUCGAGUUGGCCAAGCUCAACUCGGAGAUAAAAUACGUCGCAAACAGCAUUGUGAGAGACGCUCCAAGCUACGCAUACCCGAACAUCAUCGACAUCCACGACUGGCAAAAAAGUAUGCUUCGGCGACUGGACCAAUGGGCCGCGGACAUUCCCCGUUCGGAAGGCAACGAGACGUACAUCGAACUCAUGUGCAAGCUGAGAUACCACAGCUUGCGCAUGGUAUUGCUCAGACCGAGUCCAGCGAUUCCCUCCCCAUCCGUCGAUGCAUUGAAACAAUGCCACCAUAGCGCCAUCAGCUGCUUGCGGCUCUUCGACACGCUCUACAAAAAAGACCUCCUCGUCCACAACUGGAUCACUUUCCAUUCGCUCAUCAUGAGCAUCAUCACCAUGUUCUAUUGCAUCUGGAACGUUGCAGAGAUUGCCCGAACCACGGAGCUUGACGUCCUCAUCAACGAUGUUCGUGUUAGCCUCAGCAUGUUAAGUGCAGCAGGCGAGCAUUGGCCCGGAGCAAAGCGGAGCAGAGACAUUCUGGAAGAAAUUUCUGCCGUCAUCAUCCGCCGAACUAUGAAGGCGUCUAUGUAUCGGCCUUCCCAGAUCCGCACGGAAGAAGUGCCGCAGGGUUAUUCAACCAAGACGAAUUCUUAA